CCGUGUGUAAAUUCACGGCAUAUUUUUGGAUGAUUUCUUUCACAUCUGUCGAGACGAUGGAGCGGCCUGCGUGUGUUAAUUCCAAAGAAAUACGAUAAUUCUGGCAGGGGAGGUGGCGCGCUCGCCGCACGGUAAUUCCGCGGUUUCUGCUGGUCUCUCUCGCUCUUCCCACUCUUCCUUCGCCCUUCUCCUCCCUCGCCACUAUCGCACGGUGCUCGCAGCGGGGUAGACCUCGUGGUGGUUUCGAGCUUUUCGACUCGGCCAUAUUGGAUAGUGAAUGACUUCUUUACACAGAGGCUCGAAAGUAGCCGUGCAACCUUUGCGAGAUCCUCGACGCCGUGAGGAUACUGAGCCAAGAUGGAAAACGAGUAUACAGUUACGGUCACGAACAAGUUCUUGCUGGCGCUCGACGAGAGCGAGGAUCCCCUGGAGGUGCUAAAAGUGCGCGAGCAGGAGAAGGAAGCCAAAAAGAAGGAGAGGAUCUCGGAGAAGGAGAACAAGAGCAAGCAGCAACAUCAGCAGCAGCAACAGCAGCAGCAGCAGCAGCAACAACAACAGCAGCAGCAGCAGCAACAACAACAGCAGCAGCAGCAGCAGCCGCAGGACGGUCAGAAGACCGCCAACAACAAGACGCAGAAGAGCCGCGUGAUCAAGGACGCCCAGCAGCCACCGUCGAAGACGCAGGAGGCCAAAAAGGAUCAAGCCGAUAAGAAAUCCGCUCAAUCAAGAGCGAGCGGAGGUGAUCGGAACGUCAAGUUCUCUGGGGAAUCUCGGGAGGAGCGCAACAACAGACGCAACCGAGAAGACGGAGAAAGAACACUUCGAGGACAAGGAGAGUUCAGACGGGGACCUCCUAGCGAAGGCCGCGAGGCACGCGAGUUCCGAAACUCGAGCGAGACUCCACGUGGCGAGUAUGGCGAGCGCCGUGGCCGCGGUGGUAUGCGGGGUAUGGGCCGCGGACGUGGUGGCCCUCGUGGACGCGGCGGCUUUGAUAAUCGCGGCAAACGCGAGUUCGAUCGUCAGUCUGGUUCUGAUAAAACUGGAAUUAAACCAGUGGAUAAAAAAGAUGGUGCUGGCAGCCAUAACUGGGGUACUCAUAAUGACGAAAUAGAAGAGAGCCUGAAUCAAGAAAGCCAGGAUUGGGCCAAUGAUAAGCCGGAUUCCGAACCUCAAGCGCCGACCGAAGUUAAAAAUGGAGAAACAACCACGGAUGCGACCGUUGAGGAGAAACCGGUCGAGGAAGAGACGCGCGAACUCACCCUUGACGAAUGGAAAGCUCUGCGGAAUAAUAGAACAAAGCCUCAAUACAAUUUGCGAAAGGCCGGCGAGGGUGAGGAUCUGUCGCGUUGGAAGAAAAUGUACGCGCUUGAAAAGAAGAAAGAGGGCAACGAAGAGGAGGAAGAGGAGGAGGAGGAGUACGACGCGGCCGCGGAGUAUCCUCAGCGCGUUGGCAGACAGAAACGUGUAUUAGGUAUCGAGAUCCAGUUCAGUGAUUCACGACGUGGUUCUGGCGGUCGCGGUCGAGGUGGUCGCGGUCGUGGCGAUCGCAUGAACGGACGUGGAUUUGGAAAUCGUGGUGCUCCCAGGGACGGUGAGACACGCUCACAGAACGAACAGAGGUCGCCGCGAAGUCGUCAGAACGCUCCAAAGGUAGACGACGAGAAUGACUUUCCUUCCUUGGGAUAGGUAGCUUCAUCUGUUGACUAAGCAACAUCCCACCAUUUACCAUCACCAUCAGUACAUUUACUACAGAUAAAGCUACAAUAACUAAAACAAAAUAUUACUAUCGAGAAUUUUGCGUUAGUGAUAAUAACAUUAUUAAUGCAUAAUACAGUACACCGUUACAGAAAAAUGAGAUACGUAAUAUUAUCUAAAAAUUCCUCUCGUGACCUGAAUGUCACAAUUACGUAUUGACAUAUAAUCGUACACAUGAAAAGUUGCAUGAUGUAUGAAGGGAAAAAAAAACACACAAAUAGAUAACGAUCCUUUUUUGUACUUGUGGAAAGCCAUUUGUCUGUAACUAGUCCGAGACACUGGCCAACGGACGACAAACGAUCUGUGGAGAGUGGAGCAUACAGUCUCUUGUUAAUAAUUUCGAAUCCAUAAUGAUGACAGGAAGAAUAUACGGAAGAUAGAUAGAGAAAAAGAGAGAGAGAGGGGGGGGGGGGG